UUUGCCAAAUGGUGUUUCGGUCUAGGAAUUAGCUUGAAACGGGUUGAAGUCGUCGAGGAUGACGAAGCCGAGAUCAUCGAGGCUGUCCGCCGCAUGAGCGAACGAUAUGACUUUGUGGUGACAAGCGGUGGCAUUGGCCCGACCCACGACGACAUUACCUACAAGUCAAUAGCCAAAGCCUUCGACCUGCCCUUGGUACUGCACAAGGAGGCCUACGCCCUGAUGAAGCAGAUCUCCAAGCCCAAACCCGGCCACCCCGACUUCAACUGGGACGAGGACUCACCCGCACGACGUGCCAAACUGCGCAUGGUCGAGCUGCCCACCGACGCGAGCCGGCCGCUCGAGGAACAGUUCCUGUUCCCCUGCAAGGACCUAUGGGUGCCAAUUGCCGUGGUCAAUGGCAAUGUGCAUAUCCUGCCCGGCAUACCGAGGCUAUUCACCCAGCUCCUCAAGGGCAUGGCACCCGCCAUCCUUCCCCGCCUAACCGACCCUGAAGGCAAGGGGAUCGUGCGCGUUAGCAUGUUGACGCCGCUGACCGAGAGCACGGUGGCCGAGUAUCUCUCGGAGCUGGCCGAGCGUGUUGAGCCCAAGGGCGUCAAAGUCGGGAGUUAUCCGCGGUGGGGCAAGAAAAAGAAUAUCGUGACGUUGGUGGGGAGGGACAAGGAGUAUCUAGAAACGAUCACGCCCGAGGUGCUAGAGUCUGUAAAAGGAACGCUGAUUACGCCUGGAAAGGAGGAAGAACUCGAGGAUGAAGAGGAAGAAUCGUAGUGACGCAUCCGGCCGCAGGUCGUGGUGGAGAGCAAUCGAUGCUGGUUCAACGGUUUCCUGACAUGGAGCACCUGGGUGACGAGACCGAGGCUGAAGGUGGUCCUUUGACCGUACAGUGCGCGUUUUCCAAGCGAGGGC